AUGAGCGCAUCUGCAAGUGUGGCUCGUAGAGCCGUUGUUGUAAACCCUUUCGCUGGCAGUGCGCUGCUCAUCCCUAUCCGCUCUGUCACCACCGAUACCAACCGAGGCGGCCCCCCUUCUGGCCCGCCGCCUGGCUUCAAUGCUGAGGAGGCUAAGAAACCUUUACCUAAGGAGACAGCAUCUGCCGCUAAGACCGGGGUCCAAACAAAAGAGGCUGAGUCGAAGGCGGAAGACAAGAAGGCAGCAGCUGACGCUGACAAGAACGACGCUGAACUCGCCGAGCGGAAGGAUGCCUUCGCUGCUUCCAAGAAGGAUCCCAAAAAGGACAAGAAAUUGACCAUCGGGCAAAAGAUAAAGAAAGAGGCCCAGCAUUACUGGGACGGCACAAAGCUCUUGGCGACUGAAGUGAGGAUCAGCACAAAGCUCGCGGUCAGGAUGGCUGCAGGCUACGAGCUCACCCGGAGAGAACAUCGCCAACUUCAGCGCACAGUUCAAGAUCUGGGACGUCUCGUUCCGUUCUCAGCAUUUGUCAUCAUACCAUUCGCUGAACUGCUACUACCCGUCGCGCUGAAGCUCUUCCCGAACCUUCUUCCCAGUACAUACGAGAACCAGAAAUCCAAGGAUCAGAAGGCUCAAACUCUGCGGGCGCUCCGGAGAGAUGUUAGUGACUUCCUCCGACAGUCCAUUAAAGAGACCGGGCUUCCCUUGUCUGUCGCGACCGCGCAGAAGGAAGAGUUUGCCAACUUCUUCCGAAAAGUCCGUGCCACGGGCGAGAAACCUACUGCGCAGGAUGUUAUCAAGGUCUGCAAAGCCUUCAAGGAUGACCUUACUCUAGACAACCUGUCGCGGCCGCAGCUGGUGUCUAUGUGCCGAUACAUGAAUCUCAACACAUUCGGCACAGACAUGAUGCUCCGUUACCAGAUCCGACACCGCAUGCGACAGAUCAAGCGGGACGACCGUGCAAUCAGCUACGAGGGAGUGCAGAGCCUGACGGUCGCUGAGCUGCAGGUGGCUUGUGCUAGCCGUGGUAUCAAAUCCCAUGGCGUCUCACCCGCGCGACUGCGUGAGGACCUGCAGACCUGGCUUGACCUGCGGUUGAAGGAGGGAGUUCCCUCUACCCUUCUCGUUCUGAGCAACGCCUACAUGUAUGGCCAGACCGGUGACAACGCCGUUGCCAACCAGAUCGACGCUCUUAUUGGUGUGCUCUCGUCGAUUCCCGAGGAGCUGUACCACGAGAUUGAGCUCGAGGUCCACACCGCUGAGGGCGCGGCGACGAACAAGUUGCGCCUGGAGGUUCUCAGGGAGCAGCAGGAGCUGAUUGAUGACGAGAGCGAGCAGAACGAGUCAAACCAGGAGAGUGGCUUGGCGACGCCCAGGGAUGUGGAGGACAUCGACGAAAAGGAAGAGAGGCAAGAGAGACAGGCGGAGGCCAAGGAGACCGGGCUGGAGAAGCAGCAGGUCGGUGAGGCCAUUGAUGCAGAAGUUGAUGCUAACCAGGCCGAGCAGGUGUCUGCCAAGAGCGCAGACAGCAAGAAGAAUGAGUAA